AUGGAGACACGAACUGGCUGCGCGGGGAAUUAUUACACAUGGUUCAUUUCCCCUGGAAGCGCAGCCGGACGUAUCACAGAUCGCAGAGGAUUCAAACGGCAAGUGGAACCGCCCUGGAUCGCGGGACCGUCGGGUGUACCGCUACUUGUGACCACGCGACCCCGUCUUUCUUGGGGUGCAGUUGCCAAGUACAAACUGAGAUGGGGCUAA